AUGUUCAAAUACACACCCCUCAUCCAUCCCCUCCGCUCAGUCCGCCCUCUCCUCACCUCCAGGGCCGGCAUCACAGACAAAACGACCGCCUCUCCAGGCCCCCAACCCAAAUACAACGACCAAUUCAGCCUUCUCCACGGCAACAUCAGCCCAACGCUACGCACCUUCACCAACGCAGCCGCAACACCAGAAGUCCAUUCGCGCAUCCUCCCCCUCCUCAAACACGAGCACGCCGAGCUCCAAUCCCACAGCCACAAGAUCCUCAACUCCAUCGACUCGGACGAACAAUCCCGCUACCAAAACCAGUUCACCUGGGAACUAGCCCGCAACACAAUCGGCAAAGAGCUACUCGUCUACCCGGCCAUCGCAAAACAUGUCCGGCACGGACAGGUCCUCGCGGACAAGAACCGCGCCGAGCACCGCGAGAUCAAGGAGCAAUUGAAGAUGUUCCAGGGACUGCCUUGUACGGAUCCGCGCUUUGCGCCGACGCUGGAGGCGCUUGCGGAGGAUCUACGGGUGCAUGUGAGGCGCGAGGAGGAGGAGGAUCUGGUGCUGCUUGAGGAGGCGUUGUCGAGGGAGGAUAGUGAGGCGUUGGCGGGGUCUUUGGAUCGGAUGAAGAGGUUUUUGCCGUCGAGGGCGCACCCGUUGACGCCGAGUAAACCGCCUUUUGAGACGGCGGUGGGCUUGUUGACUGCGCCUGUUGAUAUGGUUGGGGAUUUGUUUAGGAAGUGGCCGCAUGGGGGUGUGGAUAGGACGCAUGGGAGGGAGGGGAGUAAGCAUUUGGCGGCGGCGAGGUAG